AUGGACAAUUCGGAAGAAGGACUGGUAUUAACGCCGAUCUUGGCCACAUCCAAGAUUCCAAUACUGGCGAUGAUCAUGGGAUACUGCUACCAGAAACUGCCGCCGUCCACUAUUCCCCCAUUACUGUCUACUUUGGUGAGGUUGAUAGAACACAACGAUCCGCUGGAGGACCAAACAGAGCUCAUCAAGUUGUAUUUUCCCUCGCUCAAAGAGAUUUUGAGUCUGAUCGAUACCUCAAUCACGUCGUUUUACACGGAAACAAGCUCGAAGGAUCUGAAGGAAGCCAAAUCUGACGUUAAAAUCAUACACAGGUAUCUAUUGGAGGUUCUUUGGAAUAUUACUUCUUUGGACAUGUUUCAUGAUUUCAUAGCGAGUGUCAACAAAUUGCUGAUAGAUUACCAACCGGGACACAAGAAAUCCGACAAAAGAGUCCAUCCUGCCAAGAUGCUCACGUCAACAAGUUUCCUGGGCAGAUUCGUCUAUAACAUAGCCAUUGCAUUUGAAGUUCUCGUUUUUGACGAAACGGUCGAGCUGUGGAACACUUUUUUGAAAUACAGAGAAGAAACGAGAACGUUGUGGCAUGAACUGGGUGGCGAAUCGGCAUUGAGAUCAAAAAGCACUCCAGAAACACCAUGGCAGAACCAGGUACUCAAGAAUAGCGGGUUGUUGGACCACAUGCCUGAGUCGUUUAGACCGCAGGUUAUUUCCCAGAUAGACCUUGCACAAAUGCUCGAACAACAGGUCCAGAUAAUGCAAAGAUACUCUCCACCGCCUCCACAGUCUAUCAAACUUAUUCUCAAAUUACUUUCCGGAUCACAGCGAGGCUUGAUCCCUUCUGCAUACUACAUUGAAUACCUAGAAUGUUGGAAACAAAGCGAUUAUGAGGGGUCGUUCAACGCAUUGCACAGAUAUUUCGAUUACAUGAUGUCCAACAAACAACAAUUGUUCUAUCAUUACGCUUUGCUUUCACUGGCAACUUUACAUGCAUCGUUCAAUUCUGACGAGGAGGCAUUAAGAGCAAUCGACGAAGCUAUCUUGGUUGCUCGAGAAAACAAGGAUCUAGACUGUCUCAAUUAUUUGCUUGCCUGGCUCUUCAACUUUUUGAAAGAUAGGCCUCAUUUGUAUUCAAAGAUGGAGAACAACACCACAAGAGACCAAAUUCUUCAGUUCCUAAAGAUCAAAACUAAAGAAAACCGCAAUUGGAUUUUACAAUCAAUGACAUUCCAGUACCAUGCUUUGCAAUACACGUUGGAUGGCGGACCGUUGCACAAGAUCUUGGAAAACAUCACCAGAGCGUCGUACAUUCUGCUUAAUUUUGAAAUUGGAGCCAAUAUUAGAUCAACCUUCGUGCGGAAUUGUCAGCUUACAGCUGCUACGUGGAACAGGGUCGGAGUUCCAGCUCUCACAAAAGUGUACACAAAGGUUGCACUAGAUGCCUGUGGGCCAAACCUGAGUAUAUUUGACGAUUUGGCAAUAGGAAUGCGUCGUGCAGUGCUUGAAUUCGAGAAUGGCGAAGUAGACGCUGCCCUCGAGAUGAUCAAAGCUUACGAGAAGACCGUGGUGAAUGACAUUUCGCUGAUGAAAAUAUGGCAGUCCCGGUACUUGCUUCUCCAGACUGAUCUGUGGCUGAAAAAAUGCAGAUACAAACCAGUCUCUGUUUUGCUCGACCGAUUGCAAAGCCAGGUGGACGAUAUCAACGACCAGGAUGUUUACUACGAAUUGCAGCUUCGCAAAGCUCAAUACGAGCACAAAGUUGGCAACCACGAUACGGCAGUCACGAUUGCAACAGACUGCAUAGCACGCACAGGAAUUGACGAACACGCAUAUAAUCAUUACUGGUACAUCGAGUUCCGCAUAUUCUACGCUUUGGUUCUUGCCGAAUCGUCGAGCUCCCCGGAAAGAGCAAUGUCCAUACUGCUUGAUUCCUUGUCUAUGGCACGCAAAUCAUCUCUUAUCACACUGACCGUGAAGGGAUUCAUAGUUCUAUGCGAACUGAUUCUCAAAAUCGACCCAACUGGCUCUGCUGGCGACGCUGAGGAUAUUCUCGUCAAGCUGAUGCCACUGGCUUUGCAAGUGGGAAGUCUAUGGAUGUCUUCUUACGGCUACUAUCUACUGGCAAGAGUUUUGAUGAUCAAGACUACAAUAGCAACGUACACCGAUGGAACGAAGAAGAAAGACGACUUCAACAAGAUUCUCGAAUAUUUGGAAACAUCUAUUACAGGAUUCAAAAAGAUGAACGAUCUCAUGAUGAUGCGCAGGGCGUUCUGUGUUGAGAAAGAGCUCGCUACUUUUAGCAAGUACGAGGAACUUUCUGCGCACUCGGAAACCUCGAUUGCCCAAAUUGACACUCGCAUACAGGAAGAAAAAACGUACUCUGUGUGCUGA